AACGUUGGUGUUAUUUGACAGCAAAGUUUUAAGGCUUUUUUAGGCCUAGGCUACCGAGUUCUCUUAAAUAUUUAUAAUAACGUUUGUUUACAAAAACUGUGAGUUAUGUGAAUUUAAUUGUGCAAUCCAAAUUCGUUGCGAAUCAGAUCCCUUGCUGCACCGACAAAAUGGAUAGUGAAACAAAUAAUCAAUCCAUAGUUCCUAAAAAAGAGCCUAAUGAUUUCAUUUUUGGACGUGUGCUUGGAGAGGGGAGCUUCUCAACCGUUUAUUUGGCGAAAGACAUACAAACAAGCAAAGAAUUUGCAAUUAAAGUAUGUGAGAAACGUCACAUUCUAAGGGAAAAAAAACAGCAAUAUGUUAAAAGAGAGAAGGAGGUAUUGAUGCUUUUGAGUAAGCAUGCUAAAACUUCAGCACCAUUUUUUGUGAGGUUAUUUUGUACAUUUCAGGAUCAUAGUUCACUAUAUUUUGUCCUCACACGUGCAACAAAUGGGGAUUUACUUACUUAUCUUCAAAAAGCAGAAAAAUUUGAAGAAGAAGUAGCACAGUUCUAUACUGCAGAAUUGGUUCAUGCUGUUGAACAUAUGCACUUACUAGGAGUCAUCCACAGAGAUCUAAAACCAGAAAACAUAUUGCUAGAUACACAUAGACAUAUUCUCAUUACAGAUUUUGGUUCGGCGAAAAUUAUACCCCAACCACCAUUUUUACCAGAAACCGAGAAUUCUGACGGCACUGCUCGGCGUAGCAGUUUUGUUGGAACGGCUCAAUAUGUAUCACCCGAGAUUCUAACUGACAAGCGAUCGUCCCCAGCAUCGGAUUUAUGGGCGAUUGGCUGCAUUUUGUAUCAAAUGUUAGAUGGUAAUCCACCGUUUCAGGCAAGGAGUGAAUAUGCUAUCUUCCAGAAAAUUCUUAAAUUGGAGUUUCAGUAUCCCUCUCUAUUUCCGUCCGUCGCCCAAGAUUUUAUUUCGAAGUUGCUGGUGAUAGAUUCAAAAGAAAGGCUUGGUGCGCAAGAUUUUGGUGGUUACCCUUCAAUAAAAAACCAUAGAUUUUUUGAGUCCAUAGAUUUUGACACACUUUAUCUGAAAACACCCCCUUGGCCAACUAAAUGCAGAGAUGUAGCAGAAUUGGCUUCUGAAGUAAGCGAUCCGUCCGAAUUCCUUAACACAGAACCAGGUCUCAGUGGACAACAGUUGAGUAAACUGUUAGGCCUCCAGCUCAAUGAUGAGCCUUCAGAGCAAAGUCGAAAUUCCGCACCAACACCUUCUAAAGACGCGUUAACCUCAACCAGUAGCGCUAAUAAUGUGCUGUCUCAGCCGAUGAAGAAAGGUUUGAUUAAUUUUCCAGUAAACGAACAACAGCUUCAAGCCAGACUACUUCAGCAACAAGAAACGCAAUCGCAGUGGCAUAAUUUGGUCGACAAAAAGCUCAUUCUGAAACAAGGGCUGAUUGACAAGCGAAAGGGUCUUUUUUCUCGUCGAAGAAUGUUUUUAUUGACAACUGGACCAAAUCUGUACUAUGUCGACCCAUCUAGUAUGGUAUUAAAAGGUCAAGUUCCGUUUGGCUUGACGCUGAAGGCCGAACCAAAAAAUUUCAAGAACUUCCAUAUUCACACGCCUGGGAGGACAUACUACCUUGAAGAUCCCGAAGGAUUCGCGCUAGAAUGGUGUAAAGCAUUAGAAGAAGUUCGAAAACAUUACUACGAUUAAAUUUAAACGGAAUGGUAAAAGAUUAAUCUUGUAAAGAAAAAAAUGUAUGUUGAAAAUUACUAAUGUUCCUGAAUGUUCGAAUACAAUCCAACAAUCACA